GCAUUAUGCAAUUAAAGUGAAUAAAUGGUAUUGAUGACAAUCGACAUAAUACAAUUUUGUAGGUUGCAUUAUUUCUGCUUUAUAUAUAUAUAUAAAGUGUUAGAAAUUUUUCGUGUUGAAAAUUCCACUGCCUUCAUUGUAUUACAGCUUCUAAAGGCCGCUUGAAAAGAACGAACCAACUGGUGGAUUCUUGAUAUAACCAAAAUAUUUGGUAAAAGGUUGCCUUUCCUUACUUUGUAUAUUUCGGAAUUUCAUAGUUAUUUUUAGAAAUACCUCAUUUCUGAGAAGCUUGCUCUUCUGAGCGAGUUAUAUAGAUUACAAAAAAUGAGUAAAACAGAAAUGGGAAAACAGGAACCUUUGGAAUCUACGGAAACCGGUUCUGGCAUCAAUGCAAUGACUAAUAAACUGUUGGACGACGUUUCUAAUGAGUUUGAAAACUUGCGAAAACAGUUUCUCGAAAAGCUAGAAGCAAUGACUCAUCGACUUGAUAGCUUAGAGGAUUCUAUGAGGGCUUCUUUCAAUUCAUCACCAUCAGCAUCGCCUUCUGCUACUAGUCCUGCCCCAAAUCCUUCAACUACGACCAAAGACGAUAAGUAAGCAAAUGAAAUGACUAACAACGAAUGCAAAUUUCUCGUAGUUACGAGAAUUUUGGCCUUGAUCUCGACUUUACGAUUGUUACAGUCCGUAUAUGUGUAUGUUGCUUAGAUUUCUAUCGUCUACGUCUACAUUUUUUUUUGGGGAAAAACAAAUUUAGAGAUACUCAUCAACUAUUUAUUGUAACGCUAAUUAACCGCAAACUUUUCAUUUACAAUCUACCUAGUCAAGAGACUCACGAAUAUAUA